CGAAGGGCCGCGGAGAAAGAAGGGGCGUGCCGGGGCGGGCCGGGCGAGCGGAGGCGGGGACUUGCGCCGUACUGAGGCUGCCUCAUAGGGUCCGGCCGGCGCUGGAGCCGCGGAUUUAGAUUGUCACUGCCGCCUCGGUCGGUGCUUACUUCUCUGCCAGCUGGCCGUCGCCAUGAACCCGGACCUGCGCAGGGAGCGGGAUUCCGCCAGCUUCAACCCGGAGCUGCUUACACACAUCCUGGACGGCAGCCCCGAGAAAACCCGGCGCCGCCGAGAGAUCGAGAACAUGAUCCUGAACGACCCAGACUUCCAGCAUGAGGACUUGAACUUCCUCACCCGCAGCCAGCGUUAUGAGGUGGCUGUCAGGAAAAGUGCCAUCAUGGUGAAGAAGAUGAGGGAAUUUGGCAUCGCAGACCCUGAUGAAAUUAUGUGGUUUAAAAAACUACAUUUGGUCAAUUUUGUGGAACCUGUGGGCCUCAAUUACUCCAUGUUUAUUCCUACCUUGCUGAAUCAGGGCACCACUGCUCAGAAAGAGAAAUGGCUGCUUUCAUCCAAAGGACUCCAGAUAAUUGGCACCUACGCCCAGACGGAAAUGGGCCACGGAACUCACCUUCGAGGCUUGGAAACCACAGCCACAUAUGACCCUGAAACCCAGGAGUUCAUUCUCAACAGUCCUACUGUGACCUCCAUUAAAUGGUGGCCUGGUGGGCUUGGAAAGACUUCAAAUCAUGCAAUAGUUCUUGCCCAGCUCAUCACUAAGGGGAAAUGCUAUGGAUUACAUGCCUUUAUCGUACCUAUUCGUGAAAUCGGGACCCAUAAGCCUUUGCCAGGAAUUACCGUUGGUGACAUCGGCCCCAAAUUUGGUUAUGAUGAGAUAGACAAUGGCUACCUCAAAAUGGACAACUAUCGUAUUCCCAGAGAAAACAUGCUGAUGAAGUAUGCCCAGGUGAAGCCUGAUGGCACGUACGUGAAACCGCUGAGUAACAAGCUGACUUACGGGACUAUGGUGUUUGUCAGGUCCUUCCUUGUGGGAGAAGCUGCUCGGGCUCUGUCUAAGGCGUGCACCAUUGCCAUCCGAUACAGCGCUGUGAGGCACCAGUCUGAAAUCAAGCCAGGUGAACCAGAACCACAGAUUUUGGAUUUUCAAACCCAGCAGUAUAAACUCUUUCCACUCCUGGCCACUGCCUAUGCCUUCCAGUUUGUGGGCGCAUACAUGAAGGAGACCUAUCACCGGAUUAACGAAGGCAUUGGUCAAGGGGACCUGAGUGAACUGCCUGAGCUUCAUGCCCUCACCGCCGGACUUAAGGCUUUCACCUCCUGGACUGCAAACACUGGCAUCGAAGCAUGUCGGAUGGCUUGUGGUGGGCAUGGCUAUUCUCAUUGCAGUGGUCUUCCAAAUAUUUAUGUCAAUUUCACCCCAAGCUGUACCUUUGAGGGAGAAAACAGUGUCAUGAUGCUCCAGACGGCUAGGUUCUUGAUGAAAAGUUAUGACCAGGUGCACUCAGGAAAGUUGGUGUGUGGCAUGGUGUCCUAUUUGAAUGACCUGCCCAGUCAACGCAUCCAGCCACAGCAGGUAGCAGUCUGGCCAACCAUGGUGGAUAUCAACAGCCCUGAAAGCCUAACCGAAGCAUAUAAACUCCGUGCAGCCAGAUUAGUAGAAAUUGCUGCAAAAAACCUUCAAAAAGAAGUAAUUCACAGAAAAAGCAAGGAGGUAGCGUGGAACCUAACUUCUGUUGACCUUGUUCGAGCAAGUGAGGCACAUUGCCACUAUGUGGUAGUUAAGCUCUUUUCAGAAAAACUCCUCAAAACUCAAGAUAAAGCCAUUCAAGCUGUCUUAAGGAAUUUAUGUCUGCUGUAUUCUUUGUAUGGAAUCAGUCAGAAUGCGGGGGAUUUCCUUCAGGGGAGCAUAAUGACAGAGUCUCAGAUUACGCAAGUAAACCAGCGUGUAAAGGAGUUACUCACUCUGAUUCGCUCAGAUGCUGUUGCUUUGGUUGAUGCAUUUGAUUUUCAGGAUGUGACACUUGGCUCUGUGCUUGGCCGCUAUGAUGGAAAUGUGUAUGAAAACUUGUUUGAGUGGGCUAAGAACUCCCCACUGAACAAAGCAGAGGUCCACGAAUCUUACAAGCACCUGAAGUCACUGCAGUCCAAGCUCUGAAGUGUCACAAGGACAAGUUUAAUCUGCUCCAGAAAGCGCCUGUGUGCAACUCAUAUCUGUGUGGAAUCUUUUUCGAAUUCAAAUAGCUAUAGAUCAAAUGAUAAAUUGACCCCUUUUUAUAAAUGGAGGGAAAGAAAAUGAACAGAUUUCAGAGAUUAAAUGAAAAAAAAGCAGAUGUUUUAAGGGGAAUUAACACUGAAAGAGACCUGUUAAACCAUUCAGAAAAAGCUUAAGAAAUGCGAUAUGACUUCCUUUUGUAAUGCUGCUGAUCCCAGUAGACUAUGACUUUUGAUAAUUAGCAGAAUUUAACUACUAAGUAGUUGAUUAUUUUCACAUUUUAAUUGCUAAUCACUGGCUAUAUAAGUGUUUUUAAGCAAAGGUAUUUUUGAAGUGGUGUAGAACCCUUCCAAGCUUUCCUGCUCGGUGUUCUACCACUUACCCUGGGGCCUGGCUUAAAAGCAGGAUUGAAGAAAAGGGACUGGGGGAAGGACAACUUACUGGAAAACUUGAUGCGAAUGAGUUUCUGCUUGGCACAGUCUCUGCCUGCUUGCUCUCCUUUGCUGAUGGAUUGCGUUUAUCAAACUAUUCAUGCUAGCAUUUUUCCAACGAGGGAACUUAUUCCGCACGGGCCUACUGUAGGACCAUUGUCUCGUGUGAUUAGGAAUUUUCCAUUUGAAGGAUCGCUAAAUUGUCACAGUAGUAGGAAGUAUAGGGAGAGCUCUCAGCUGUGGCACUGUUGUAACUUUGGAGUGCAGAGUGUAACUCUGGGACAAUCAGAUUUCACAUAUUCUGUCGUCUUGGCAUAAGCCAUUAAAAGCUUGGAGGUUACUGUAUUUGGCAUUAAAAAAAAUGUCACUUAGGUCACCUCACUCCCAGACGUAGCACAGAAAAACCCUUUGACACGAACCAUGUGUUCUGUUUUUUGGUUCAGAAAAUAUAAUCAUUGAAACUGUGAGUUUUUUUUGUUUGUUUGUUUGUUUUUUUUUUUUUUUGAGACGGAGUCUUGCUCUGUCGCCCGGGCUGGAGUGCAGUGGCGCAAUCUCGGCUCACUGCAAGCUCCGCCUCCCAGGUUCACGCCAUUCUCCUGCCUCAGCCUCUCUGAGUAGCUGGGACUACAGGCGCCCGCCACCACGCCCGGCUAAUUUUUUUUUUGUAUUUUUAGUAGAGACGAGGUUUCACCAUGGUCUCAAUCUCCUGACCUCGUGAGCCACCGCGCCUGGCCUUUUUUUUUUUUUUAACAACUGGGAAAAAACAAAAACAAAAAGCUAUAGUUAGAAAAAUGGAAGUUCCAUAGGUUGUAUUUCUUACUAUAUGUAUGGCUUUGUUUUCAGUCUAUUUCUAGGAGCUUUCUCUGAAUCGCUAAUUGUCCUUUCAGUUGGAAUCUAGUUUACACAAUCAUUCUAUAUUUAAAGGUUAAAUAUAUCUUAAUUAAUUUUUUCUUAAUGUAAGUCACUUUGGGUUUUGUUUUUUUUUUAAAAUCUACACCAUAUGCCCCAUGAAACCAGCUGUUCUAGAAUCAGUCCUGAGAAUAUGGCUUAAUUCCAUGGAAACAUAAUUCCUAUCUCGGGACCUGACAUAAUAUCUAUCUAUCCUGGGGAACUGGUAAUAUGAGACUUUUAGGUUACAGCAGAAAUGCUACAUGUUGACAAAAGCCUUAAUCUUUCCACUGGGAGAACUAAUUGAUAAUUGUGUUAAGAUUGAAGAUUAACCCUGUGCUAAUCUCACUUGAGUCUAUCUUGACAGUAGUUCAGAUUCUGGAAAAUGAUAAACUGACCUGCUAGAUGUAGAAUUGUUUCAAAAUCAUCGUUGAAAUACCUUGUUCACAGAUGACUAUCUGGGCAGAAUCUGAGGGUGUUUGGAAUGACACCCCCCUAAUCCAGUUGCAUAGAUGGGAUGUCUUUGCAGGUUUGAGGAGAUCAUCGACCUGCAGAGCCCCCUUUGACCCAGUACCUCAAGUUUUAUUUAAAAUCUAAAUCUGGGGCCGGGCGCGGUGGCUCAUGCUUGUAAUCCAAGCACUUUGGGAGUCCAAGGCGGGUGGAUCACCUGAGGUCAGGAGUUUGAGACCAUCCUGGCCAACAUGGUGAAACCCCAUCUCUACUGAAAAAAAUACAAAAGUUAGCUGGGCAUGGUGGUGGUGCGUGCCUGUAGUCCCAGCUACUCGGGAGGCCGAGGCAGGAGAAUCACUUGAACCUGGGGGCUAGAAGUUGCAGUGAGCCUAAGAUGGUGCCACUACACUCCAGCCUGGGCGGUUGAGCGAGACUCCGUCUCAAAAAAAAUAAAAUCUAAAUCUGACAUUUGAUGCCAUUUUUAUAAAUAUUGGAAUGUUCUGUCUUGAACUUUAUUCAAUAUAAUCAAGAAUAAAGAUACAGUAAACCUCACUGAUUUGUACUAUUAAGAGAGAAAAAAUAUGCCACACAAUUAAACAUAGGUUUAAAUUAUGAAGAAAUUUAGAAUAGAGGUUUAUUAGAUUUAGGGAACACUAAGAACAAAAAAGGAAGGAGUGAUACCUGCCUGAGUGGACAGCUGUAAAUCAGCUGUAAUUACUGCAGUUGUAGCAAUAGUUGUGAGUGGCUCCAGUCACUUUAGGAGUCCUUGGAAGUACUUGGUACACAUUUGUUGGCUGUACCUUAAAGGAAGUGGCAAGUCCAGUUUGUUCUCUCUACCACACUAGACUGCCACUGACAAGUUUGGGUCUGUUGGAUUCAAAAUUUUGUGAGCCAUUUUCACAAAUACAAAGAUACGUUUUCACCUUGUCUUCUCCAAAAUUACUAAGAAUUUUAUUUUUAUCUUUUGAGACAGGGUAUCACUCUGUCACCCAGACUGGAGUGCAUUGGUGGGAUCUUGGCUCACUGUGACCUCAGCCUCCCGGGUUCAAAUGGUCCUCCCUCCUCAGUCUCCUGAGUAGCUGGGACCACAGGCAUGUGCUGCCACGCCCGGAUAAUUUGUUCUAUUUUUUUUGUAGAGACGGGGUUUUGCCAUGUUGCCCAGGCUGGUCUCAGACUCCUGGGCUCAAGCGAUCAUUUCGCCUCAGCCUCCCAAAGUGCUGAGAUUAUAGGUGUGAACCACAGCACCUGGCCCAGAGUGAGUAGAAUUAAUUAGAUUUUUGUGUGUGUCUUAGAUAAUAUUGAUUUAAGCCUUUUUUUAAAAAAGUACUCUCAACCAAAUACAAAAUUGAAAAUGUGAGGUUUAAUAGAAAUAUGUUGGCUAUUUGCAAUGGAUUCUUCUUGCCCAAGUGUUUGGAGUUCUACUUUAUGCUCUGUAUUUAAAAAUUAGUGACCUCAAAGCAGAGUUGAUGACACAGCCUUUGGGGCCCUCAUGUUCUUUAGAUAUUAGUACUAAAUAUCAGCUUAUCUUCAGAACAUUACGACAUUCACUGUGUUCAUAUGCUUUCUGAGAAGUCACCACUUGUAAUUUCAGGUCACAUACACCUGAAGGCAUUUUAUAGUUCCUAAAGUUAACAUGUUAGAUCUUUUUUUUCCACCCCAUGAGGGUUUCACUCUCACCCAGGCUGGAAUGCAGUGGUGUGAUUGUAGCACACUUUGGCCACCAACUCUUGGGCUCAAGUGAUCCUCCUGCCUUGGCCUCCUCUGAGAAGCUGGGAUUACUGGUGCACACCACCACACCUGGCUAAUUUUUUAAUUUUUUUUAUUUUUGGAGAUAGGGUAUGGCUACGUUGCCUUGGGCCCGUCAUGAACUCCUAGCCUCAGGUGAUCCUCCUACCUCAGGCCUCCCAAAGGGUUGGGAUUACAGGAGUGAGCUACUGUGCUGGGCCAACAUGUUACUUUUUUUUUUUUUUGAGACAGAGUCUUGCUCUCGCCCAGGCGGGAAUGCAAUGGUGCGAUCUCGACUUCACUGCAAUCUUCACCUCCCGGGUUCGAGCAAUUCUCCCACCUCAGCCUCCUGAGUAGCUGGGAUUACAGGCACCUGCCAUCAUGCUCGGCUAAUUUUUGUAUUUUGAGCAGAGAUGGGGUUUCACCAUGUUGGCCAGGUGAUCGGCACCCCCACUCCCCCCACACCUCCCAAAGUGCUGGGAUUACAGGCAUAAGCCACAAGCCACCUCGCCCAGCAUGUUACAUCUUAAUUCUUGGAUUUUCUUCACUGCAGGGCUUUGGGUGGAGAAAUAAAACUCUUCAAAUGCAUAAUCUUGGAGAUCCCUGUGAAUCAAUAAUUCUUUAGACAACUGCGGCUCAAAAUCCCUCCUCUCUCCCUUUUCCGAGUUAUUCCAUCUAUCUUAUUAGAAAGGAAGUGAAUUAGGUGUAGGUGGUAACACCUGCACAUCUUUUUAUACGUGUAGAGGGUAUGCCUGGGAUAUACAGGUUGUCUUCAAGCAGUAGCUGCUACUACAGCUAGAGAGAGGAGGAGUGUCAGGAAAUUGACCUGAAGCCAAGAGUCUUGUUGAUGUUCUGACUUAGAUAAAGGUUUUGAUCAUUUUCAUGAAAUAAUGCAGGGAAGUCAUUUCUGCUGUUUAUUUACUACUCCAUUCUUGGAGGAUUAGAACAAGUCACACUGUAAAUGACUAAAAUGACUUUUUGUUUUAAAAUACUGAUGGUGGGGUUUUGCUUUUUUUUUUUUUUUUUUUUGAGAUGCUGUCUUGCUCUUUCACCCAGGCUAGAGGGCAGUGGCGAAAUCUUGGCUCACUGCAACCUCCGCCUCCCGGGUUCAAGCAAUUCUCUGCCUCAGCCUCCUGAGUAGCUGGGAUUACGGCGCGUGCCGCCAUGCCCGUCUAAUUUUUUUUGUAUUUUUAGUAGAGACGGGGUUUCACCAAGUUGGUCAGGCUGGUCUUGAACUCCUGACCUCAUGAUCCACCCACCUCGGCCUCCCAAAGUGCUGGGAUUACAGGCGUGAGCCACCGUGCCUGGCCAGUGUUUUGCUUUUAACUGUCCACACUUACUAAAUUUUCCAGUACUUCUUCCUAUGGUCCAUGAUAGUAAACACAGAAACAUAUAAGGAACAUUGUUAGAGUUACCAGAUGUUAGCUGUUGCAUAUAUGCACAUUCCUAGAUUCAAGGGUGUUUUUGCCUUAAAUUUUUUAAGUGGGUCAUUGGUUGUCUUGGGAAGAUUAUGGAAAAUUGGGGAUUUUUUAGAAUUCUGAACCAAAAUAUGUCUUGAGUGUUUCUUAGUAAAUGUGUGAUCUUCCACCUUCCACAUUCAGACUGCGAACUACACUUGAUAAAUGCCUUUUUAUUUCCAGUUGUUAAGGAUUCAACUAAAUGACUGUAUGCCUUGGGAGCACAUAAUUACUUUGCUACCUUUUUCCCCCUUUGCUGUUGUGGCUUGAGUUUGGUUCAUACCUGAGAAGAUGCAUUUAGCAUAUGUUGUUACCUAGCCCUGGCUUAAUGGUGUCCUGUGGGGGUAGGGGUGGGAGGACGAGGGGCACGGGGCCAGAGCAUGUGACUGGAUCAUGGUUGGACAGCUGUGACCUACCAGCGCUGCGGGUAAGCCAAACUACAAACCGUUCUUUCCUCUGUGACAUUGAAUAAACCUUAAUAAAAUUCAUAAUUAGCAUAUACUAGAAAAAA